AUGUACGCGUACUACAACAGCGGGCAAAGGGGACGCCGUUUUUGGGUUGCCGAGCACGACGGGGUCAUCAUAGGUGCCACAGGUAUCCAAGAGCAACAGAUGGCGCCGGUGGAUAAAUCUGGAGAGAGGAGGGGCACUGUGGCAGUGCUGAAAAGGAUGGCCGUGGAGUCAGCGUAUAGAAGAAUGGGUGUGGCCAAAGCCCUGCUGGACACCGCCAUCGAGUUUGCCAAGGAGCAAUGCUACGAUGUGAUGGUUUUAUAUACAAUUGAGGUACAGUUUGAAGCUACGUGCUUUUACUUGAAGCAUGGGUUUGAGAAAAAAGGAGUAACCCCGUGCGAUACGGUGUUUCCCCUUCUCAGCUUCGAUUUACUCAAUUUGAGACUAGAUCUGAACAAAAUUGCACAAUGA